CGCGCCGGUGCCUCCCGAGCAGAGGCGCGCCCCGUGUAGGCGAGCGGGGCGCCCUGUGUAUUGCACAUGAACGGAUCCCUAGCUGUGAACAAGCACAACCUCCUCGAGGCGCUGCGCGGCGCGCUCUCGGCCGACGCGGCUGUGCGCGUGCCGUACGAGGCGGCGCUUGCAGCAUGGGAGGCGGCGCCGGGCUACGCGACGGCGCUGCUCAGCGUGUACGAGAGUCCUCCUGCGGGAUGCGGCGGCGCGGAGCGGCUGCUCGCAGUGCUCUGCCUCAAGGCGGCGGUCGGCCGCCGCUGGAACGAGCGCCGGUCCGGAGAACCCGCCAUCUCGGACGCCGAGAAGGCGGAGGUUCGAGCCCGGCUGCUGCCCGCCACCGACGAGCGCGAGCCCGCGCUGGCGUCGCAGCUUGUGCUGACGGCCGCUACCAUCGCCCGGCUGGAGGGCCUCGCCGCCUGGCCCGCGCUGCUCCCCGCCCUCACCGCCUCGUGCACUCGGCCGGCGCCGCUCGACGCGGCGCGAGGGCUGUCUGCCCUGUACCGCGUGGUCAAGCUGCAGGCGUCGCGCCGGCUGCUCGCGCACCGCAAGGCCUUCUUCGCGCUGUCGGAGCAGCUGCACGCCCCGCUGGCCAGCCUGCGCACAUCGCAUGCCCGCGCGCUGCUCGGACGCGUCCAGCCACUGCUCGGCGGUCCAGCAGACCAGCCGAUCGCGGGCAGCGGCGCCGGCGGAGAGGCGUGCGCGCUGCUCGCCAUCAAGACGGAGCGGCAGCUGCUGCUGCAUGGGUACGCGCGCGCGCACGCAUCGCAGGCUCGUGGAUGCAACCGAGAUGCCAGAUGCCUGCGAGAGACGGUGGCAUGGCCAUCCAUUUGUGAUGAGUUUGUCUCAAUCGUCCACAAGGCGGCCCUCGCCUCUGUCCGUGAUUUCGUGGAGCUCGCCGCCGCCGCCUCCUCCGCCGAGCUUGCGUUGCGCCGCGCUCUUGAUGCGUGUCCGCUGGCGCCGACCGCCGGCGCCGCUGCCGCCACGGCGGAUGCGUUGCUCACGGCGGACGCGCUGCUCAAAGUUGCCCUGGUCGCCGCAAAGUCACUAGUGGAGGUGCAGGAGGUGCAGCCACUCGCCCUCGCCUCGUGCGUCGGGCGCGCGCUCGCCGUAGCCGCCUCGGAGCUAGGCUCGCGCCCUUUCUCCGCCGGGUCCGCCGACGGCUCCGAGAAGCUCCUCGUCCGGCUCACCACCCUCCUCCGCAACGUCGUCUGCUGCGCUAGCUACGCUGCGGCGGCGCCGGGCGCGCACAGGCCACACGGCCGCCCGCCGGCGCCGGAGGCCGUGGCGUGCGAGGUGGCCGUCCGCUCGUUCGUCCUCUCGUCCGGCCUCGCGUCGGUCGUCCACUCGCUAGUGACGCGCGCGCUUCCGCUCGGCGAGGCGGAGCUGCUCGAGUACGCGGACGACCCGGAGGCGUGGGUGUGGGAGGAGGCGGCCUCGAGGGAGGGGGCGAGUCUGCGCCGCUGCGCCGAGCGGUGCGUCUCUUCGCUCGCCGAGCAAGCCGCAGCUCGCGCGGCGGUGCAAGCCGCGGUGCACGCCGCGGCCAACGAGGCUGCUGCUGCGGGGCUGGCAAGUUGCGAGGCGGUGCU